AUGGGGCUGGGCUUUUGGGCCACAAUAAUAGAGUUGGAAUCAGGGCUUCCAAGAUGGGAGGGGGUACUGUGUAGUAGUCUUCUCCUGUGCUUAGUGAACAGUUUGCUUACAAUGAUUGACUUUGAACUUAACGGGGGUGGUGAAAAGGUGCUAAAUCUAGCGUUGGACGAAAUGUGGAUACCAGGAUUCAGUUUUUGGAUCAAAGGUUGCACUUUGUUGGCCUUAAUAUCUGCAAUUUUCGCUCUGGAACCCAAACUGGGAUCGACUCGCGUCGUCUUUCAGACAAAGUAUGGUGAUAUAGAAUUUGGUUUCUUUCCAACUGUUGCACCCAAAACUGUUGACCACAUUUUUAAGCUCGUGCGACUUGGAGGCUACAACACCAACCAUUUCUUUCGGGUGGAUAAAGGAUUUGUGGCCCAAGUAGCAGAUGUUGCGAAUGGAAGAUCGGCUCCCAUGAAUGAGGAACAGAAAAGAGAGGCUGUAAAGACUGUUGUUGGUGAAUUUAGUGAAGUCAAACAUGUUCGGGGUAUUCUUUCCAUGGGAAGGUAUGAUGAUCCAGACAGUGGUUCAUCCUCAUUUUCGAUACUACUUGGAGAUGCUCCUCAUCUUGAUGGAAAGUAUGCGAUAUUUGGAAAAGUUACUAAAGGUGAUGAAACAUUGACAAAGCUCGAGCAACUACCUACCCGUAAAGAGGGUAUAUUUGUGAUGCCAAUGGAACGCAUCACUAUCCUGUCAUCAUAUUACUAUGACACAGAGACAGAAAAUUGUGAGCAAGACAGAUCAAUUUUGAAGCGCAGACUAGCUGCCUCAGCUGUUGAAGUUGAAAGACAGAGGAUGAAGUGCUUCCCCUGA